UUUAUCACGUAAUGUUUAAAGUAAAAGUCAUGAAUAACUUUAUUAUAUUAACUGAUGCACACUAAGAGUAGCUAUGGUAACAGAAUAUUAUGGUGAACACUAGAGUCGCCCUAUGAUACUUUGCAAUUUGUUACUAUAGUUGCUGUACACGCACUAUAAAAUUAUAUUGUACCAUAAUUUAAAAGUUAAAGAAGUAAUUAACGUUCAACUUGGUAUUUGACGAAGAAUGUAGCUCAGAGUUAGAGUAUAAUUUUAUUACUAGUUGAAACAUUGAUUAUUAAUAUUAUUAGUAGUAAAUUACAACUACAAGUAUUGGUUGUAGGUGUAGUUCUAACAGAAAAUACUUCAACUUGAGCAAGAUAGUGAUUUGAAUAAGAGCCUAUUACAAUUAAUAACAGGCAACGACAAACAAAGAUGAGUCACACACUGUCGUUAAACUUGCAUAAUAUUGUUUUCUUAGUGAUAGGCCUAACUGUGGUAAAGUUAACUUUGUUAGGGUUGGGCUUUCUAACGUUAGUGAAAGCUACAAAGUUAAGGACAUUUACUGUAGAUAAUCAACGAAACAUUUUUUUAAAAGAUGGGCAACCAUUCAGAUAUAUAUCAGGUUCUUUGCAUUACUUCAGAGUGCCUAAUAUGUACUGGAAGGAUCGAAUGAAAAAAAUGAAAGCUGCAGGGUUAAAUUCUCUUCAAACAUAUGUAGAAUGGAGUAGCCAUGAACCAGAGCCAGGGAUGUACAAUUUCUCUGGAGAGUUAGAUUUAGUGAAAUUUCUCAAAACAGCUCAAGAAGUAGGAUUAUUAGUGAUAUUUCGGCCUGGCCCUUACAUCUGUGCUGAAAGAGACAUGGGAGGGUUGCCAUACUGGUUGAUGAGAGAAAAGAUGGAUAUAAAAUUAAGAACAAAUGACCCAACAUACAUGAAAUUUGUAAAAAAAUGGUUUAGUACUUUGCUUCCAAUAAUAAAUCCAUUUCUAUAUAAGAAUGGAGGCCCAAUUGUAACAAUUCAGGUAGAAAAUGAGUAUGGACAAGUGGGUAUAUGUGAUUUUGAGUACAUGACUUCUUUAAGAGACGUUUUACAUGAUUACUUGGGGAAAGAUGUAAUUCUGUUUAAAACUGAUAUACCCCAUGUGGGGGCUUAUAAAUGUGACAAUAUAGAUGGAGUUCUUGUUACAGCAGAUUUUGGGUCUGGUACUAAUGUAAAAAAAGCUUUUGAAACUAUAAGGUUAUUUAGAAAAUCAGGCCCCUUAGUAGUUACUGAAUAUUAUCCUGGUUGGAUGGGUCACUGGGGAGAGCCACAAGCAAAUGUGAGUACAAAAAUGAUAUGUGACACUCUUGAUGAUAUUCUGUCUGCAAAUGCAUCUGUAAAUUUUUACAUGUUUCAUGGAGGAACAAAUUUUGGUUUUAAAAAUGGAGCCAACAUGAAGUAUGCACCACAGCCAACAAGUUAUGAUUACACAGCACCCAUUUCUGAAGCAGGAGACCCAACACCUCGAUACAUAAGUAUUUCAAAAAUUAUCAGCAAAUAUGUUCCAUUACCAGGACCAUUACCAAAACCAGCUCCAAAGCUGUCCAUUGGUCCUCUUACUUUAAACUGGAUAUCUUCUCUUUUGGAUGCUAUACCCUUUCUAAAAGGUCCAGAUAUUGUGUACUCAAAGUAUCCUAAAACAUUUGAAGAACUGAGCCAAGCUUAUGGCUUUAUGGUUUAUUCAACAGUUGUAACAUUUAUUACCACUGAUCCAGCAGUCCUUAAUGUUCCUGGUUUACAUGAUCGAGGUUAUAUCUUUGUUGAGAAAAAAUUUAUGGGAGUAUUGAGCCGAUCAGAAAGGAUAUGCUCUCUUCCCCUUCAAGUUAAGCAAGACCAAAUAUUAACAAUUUUGGUGGAAAACCAAGGUAGAAUUAAUUCUGGAAAUAUUCUGGAUUCAAAGGGUCUAGUUUCAAAUGUGACAUUAGGAUCUACAAUUUUGACCAAUUGGUUAAUCCAGCCUCUACCUCUAAAUAAUACUGAUGCCAUACGCAGUCUUCAGCUUUCUGAAUCAUCUGACCUGAAGAAUGCUUUGAGCUAUUCAACAUCUUGGCCUCAAGUUCCAGGUUUUUUUUCUGUCAAUUUUACCCUUCCUAAGUCAUUGAAAGCUAUGGACACUUUCUUAGAUCCAACUGGUUGGCGUAAAGGAGUAGUAUUUCUAAAUGGGUUUAAUCUCGGUAGAUACUGGCCUGUGAUGGGCCCUCAAGUUACACUUUAUGUUCCAGGUUCUCUUCUUCAUCUAUACCCUAACAAUAAUACACUGACCGUGUUAGAACUAGAACAUGCCCCUUGUUUUCCUUGUAAUAGUAUAUACAAGUGCUCUAUUUCAUCCUUACCGAGCUGCAGCAUUAAAUUUGUCAAAAUACCUAUUUUAAAUGGGCCAACACCAUAUUUAUCAUUGAAUGAAAAACUGCAUAAAGGACAGUAUGUAUACCACUAAUACAGUGUAAAAGAAUUAAGAAAUGUAAUUGAAGACAAAUGUGAACACUAUUUAACAAAAAAUACAUUGUGUAUUAUAUACUAAAAUAAUAGUGUUUUUCAUAUUUCAGUUAAAUAAUGUUUCUAAACAAUGAUGUAUUUACCUUUAAUGUUUUUGCACAGGCCUUUAUAUAUAAAUAAAUAUAUAUAUAUAUUAUACACAUACAUGUAAGCAUAUAUGUUGGAUUUCACUUUAAAUUUAACUGAAUUUUUCACCUUUGUUUGAGAAACAUAGUGCUACUACUUAAAGCUGUAACAAAGUGUAGACUUUUACCUUCAUAGGUCAGAACAUAUUACUGAACAAACAUUUGAACCUUCAAUAGUACUAAUUUGUAUGAUUUACUUGUCACAUCACCAUAACUACUAGUUUAUAUAUCACAUUGAAAACCUUUUAGUUUUUACAGGUAAUCCAUAGAAAAAAUAAGAAAACAUUCACAUGUAGUUUAAAAAUGUGUUAUACAGAAUAGUAAUCAUGUUUUUUAUAUUUUCAUUGAAAUAAAAAAUUUAUUUGUUUAUGUACAGGUAUUUAAUGCUAUGUGCAAUACUCAUAUAUUAAACUUGCAUUGCAAGAGCACCUAAUUGUGGCCAAUUGAAAGAACUGCAGCUGACUUAAGCAAAACAAGUCUUUAUUUAACAGCCACAGUAUUUUUUAACAUAAAAUUG